AUGCCCAGCAAAACACCCCAUACGAACGGGGAAAAGCCUGUCGAGAAUGGAAUCAAUGGUACCAAGGACAUCGAGAUGAAGGAUGAUGCACCGGCCCCGCUAAAGGGUGGAAAGGGCAAGAAGUUGAAGGAAGGCGACGAGGAGAUGACCGUUGUUGUACCUCCCUCCAAAGGCACAAAGCUAUCGGCUCCUCCACCGAAGGACACUGAUGGUGAUGUGGCCAUGGAUGGGUUUGAGGGUGCAGAAGGAGAGGAUGCUGGGGCUGUCAAGAUCAAUCCGGUGGCCAAGGCUGUUGCAGAUAUUAAGAGCAACUUCCCUUUACUAGAACGCGCGGUUACCCUGUUCGAUGCUAGAUUCUCCCUUCGAGCCCUCCGGUCGAUUUCUUCCAUCCGCAAACGCCUUACACUGGACAUCCUGGCGCAAGUCAUCACUGAGACUUACCCAUCAACAAGCCCUGCUGCAAAGUCAUUACUGGUUGCGAUCGAUAGAGAAAAUGCCACAUUCACAAAGCCAGUUUCGUCUGAGAUGGAGCUCGACUCGGAGUCGAAGAAGAGUGCCAAGAAGGAGCAGAAGGAAAUCCUACCUGAAGUUGAUAUCUUCCUAGGAAUCCUGACACAAAUCUACUACCUGGAUAACAAGAUCAACCAGCAGGGUGCUGAGUUCUCGGCAUAUCUCGCUGAGCGGAUACACACUUUGAACCGCAGAACCUUGGAUUCCCUCACAGCCCGUGUGUACUUUUACUACUCAUUAUUCUGCGAACAGAUGGCUCCUCUCCCACCGUCUCCGUCUUCACCCGUUGUUGCUCUCCGGCCUACGCUCCUUUCCGCCUUGCGAACUGCCGUUCUGCGCAAGGAUAUCGAUACACAGUCUACUGUCAUCGUGCUGUUGCUAAGAAACUACCUUUCAACAUUUCACAUUGCUCAGGCUGAUCUCCUUUUGUCCCACACCCAAUUCCCAGAUACUGCUUCGAAUAACCAGGUUGCCCGAUUCCUGUACUAUCAAGGCCGCAUUCGGGCAAUCCAGUUGCAAUACUCCGAUGCCCACGAGUAUCUGGUCGCUGCUACACGAAAGGCUCCAACAAGCCCCAGUGCUGCAGGCUUCGCACAGACUGCUCAAAAGCUGUUGCUUGUGGUGCAACUCCUGAUGGGUGAUAUUCCUGAGCGCGCCACUUUCCGGGUCGCCAGCAUGGAGCGUGCUCUUCAACCAUAUCUUAUGCUUGUGCAAGCCGUCCGCGUUGGGUUGUUGGGCGAGUUCGAGAAUGUGAUCAACCAGCACGCCGAGACCUUCCGCCGCGAUGGGACGUACACACUCAUUCUGCGCCUCCGACAGAAUGUCAUCAAGACGGGUAUCCGGAUGAUGUCCCUGUCAUACUCCCGCAUCUCCCUCCGAGACAUCUGCAUACGCCUGAAGUUGGACAGCGAGGAGUCUGCAGAGUACAUUGUUGCGAAGGCUAUCCGCGAUGGUGUCAUUGAGGCUUCUCUGGAUCGGGAGAGAGGUUUCAUGAAGAGCAAGGAGGUUGGUGAUAUCUACGCUACCAGAGAGCCUGGUGAUGCUUUCCAUGAUCGUAUCCGCGCUUGUCUCACCCUUCAUGAUGAGAGUGUCAAGGUAUGUCUUUCCAUUCUUUUUAAGGAAAGUGUUUAG